GUGUGAAAAUUCGUUUUGUAAAGCAAUUAUAAAGUCAACUUUUCUGUCUACUGAAAUACAUUAAAUAGAGCUCCUUGCCCAUGUUUGCUUCUCAUGAUCCUGGAGUCUAACACAAACACAAACAAAAUGAAUUCCCUUUUCCAUCUUUGUUUAAUUCUCUCUUUUAAUCUUCCUACGUUUGCAUCUCCAACGUUGUUGUUUCAGGGGUUCAAUUGGGAAUCAAGUAAUAAACAAGGUGGAUGGUACAAGUCUUUCAUCAACUUAAUUCCAGAUUUGGCUAAAGCUGGAGUUACUCAUGUUUGGUUACCACCACCAUCUCACUCUGUUUCUCCUCAAGGAUAUAUGCCAGGAAGGUUGUAUGACUUGGAUGCAUCCAAGUUUGGGAAUCAACAAGAACUGAAAACUCUUAUUAAGGCUUUACAUGACCAUGGGAUCAAAUCUGUUGCUGAUAUAGUGAUAAACCACAGAUGCGCCGAUAAGAAAGAUAGCAGGGGAAUAUACAACAUCUUUGAAGGAGGAACGCCUGAUGACCGUCUUGAUUGGGGCCCGCAUAUGAUUUGCAAGGGCGACACAAAAUAUUCUGAUGGCACGGGAAAUCCAGACACGGGUUUGGACUUUGAACCUGCCCCUGAUAUCGAUCAUCUUAAUACCAGAGUGCAAAAGGAGUUAUCAGACUGGAUGAAUUGGCUAAAAUCUGAAAUUGGAUUUGAUGGUUGGCGUUUCGAUUUUGUCAGAGGAUAUGCACCUAGCAUCACCAAGAUUUAUAUGCAAAACACUUCACCGGAUUUCGCGGUUGGUGAGUUCUGGAACUCUCUUGCUUAUGGCCAGGACGGAAAAUCGAAAUAUAACCAGGACAAUCAUAGGAAUGAGCUAGUUGGUUGGGUUCAAAACGGGGGUGGGGCUGUAACAACCUUUGAUUUCACAACUAAGGGAAUUCUACAAGCUGCUGUUCAAGGAGAGUUAUGGAGAUUGAAAGAUUCUAAUGGAAAACCUCCAGGGAUGAUAGGUGUCUUGCCUCAGAAUUCUGUGACUUUUAUCGAUAAUCAUGAUACUGGUUCGACACAAAAGAUGUGGCCAUUCCCUUCAGAAAAAGUUAUGCAAGGAUAUGCAUAUAUUCUCACUCAUCCAGGGAUUCCUUCAGUGUUUUAUGACCAUUUCUUUGAUUGGGGCUUGAAAGAUGGAAUUUCAUCCUUGAUUUCUAUUAGGAAGAGGAAUGGGAUUUCUGUGACAAGUAAUGUUCAGAUAAUGGCUUCUGAUUCUGAUCUUUAUGUAGCAAUUAUUGAGCAGAAAAUUAUUGUCAAGAUUGGGCCAAAACUUGAUCUUGGAAAUCUUAUCCCACGUAAUUAUCAGGUGGCAACUUCUGGAAAAGACUAUGCUGUAUGGGAGAAAAAAUAAUAAACAUAUUGCAGUUGCUCUUA